GGGAGAACAGGCUCUCUGUCUGAUCAAACAGCUUCACAUCUCACAGCAACUACACAACUCUGAGCAUUCAGCAGCUAACAGCACAGACUGGACAAGCAGUGCACAUACAGAGACAAAAUCCAGACAGAACCAACAGCAAGGAGCUCAGACUGGGGCAGGGAACCAGAACCAACAGCAAGGAGCCCAGACUGGGGCAGGGAACCAGAACCAACAGCAAGGAGCCCAGACUGGGACAGGGAACCAGAACCAACAGCAAGGAGCCCAGACUGGGACAGGGAACCAGAACCAACAGUAAGGAGCCCAGACUGGGGCAGGGAACCAGAACCAACAGCAAGGAGCCCAGACUGGGGCAGGGAACCAGAACCAACAGCAAGGAGCCCAGACUGGGGCAGGGAGCCAGAAUCAACAGCAAGGAGUCCAGAGAGAGACCAGAACCAUUAGCAAGAAGUCCUGACUGGGCCAGUGGAUCAGAAUCAACAGCAAGAGUCUAGAGCCAGCUACAAGGAGACCAGGGAGAACCCGGACCAGGACCUUUAAGGAGUCCAUAAGAGUCAAUAAGAUAAGAAACAAGAAGUCCAGAUACAGACGCAACGUCCAGAACCCUGUUGAGGGUUUCAAGGCAGCAGAACCAUCAGACGUUAGUUCACAUCCAACAGCAAUAGCAAAGUGUCCAGAACCAACAGCAAGGAGUCCACAGAAAUACAUAGCGCAGAACCUGCAGAACCCAAGACUGCCAGGGAGAAGCUUAGCUGCGGUGAUCUUUUGGCAACUGGAACCUCUGUUUGGGCAAUCAUCUCUAUCCUGCCCUCAGUUCACAGACACCACCUACCCUGAUCUAAGGAAUAAACACUUACCAGCUAAACACAUACCUGCCUUCCAGAUCAAGGUAAGACUCUGGAGCUGAUUCCUAGUCCAAUAAGGAGUGAGGGGGCAUAGAAAACACCAAGACAGGGCUGGAAGGGGAGUGCAUGCAUUUACACAGAUUUCUGUUUCAAUGAAAACAUUACACGCACCAAACCUUUCCGGACUGAAGGAGUAGUAAACACAGAGAGGUGACGCCCGGAGGAGGAAGCCAUGGGGACAUUUCCAGUGAUUUCACGGUAGGCUGUGUAGAUGUCUCUCUUCCAGGAGACCUCAUUGGCGAUCCAAAGGUCCAACCAACUCUGAAUUUAAUGAUUACCCUUGAGAACCCGUUAGUGGAGAGGGGGGGUGUCUCUUCCAUGGAGUGCCAAAUAGACUGCCAAAAUAAUACCAUGCAGAAUGGCACUGACCUGGCACAGGGGACCUACCCAUACUCCCUUGAGGUGUCUCUUGCCCUCAUCUCCCUUGCUGGCAUGCUCAUGCUUUUCACAGUAUUUGGCAAUGUCCUAGUGGUUAUAGCAGUGUUUACUAGCAGAGCCCUCAAAGCACCCCAAAACCUCUUCCUGGUCUCUCUGGCCUCAGCAGACAUUCUGGUGGCCACUCUUGUCAUCCCCUUUUCUUUGGCUAACGAAGUUAUGGGUUACUGGUACUUUGGGAAGGUAUGGUGUGAGAUCUACUUGGCCUUAGAUGUCCUUUUCUGCACCUCUUCUAUAGUACACCUGUGUGCCAUCAGCCUGGACAGAUUCUGGUCCAUUACCCAAGCCAUUGAGUACAACUUGAAAAGAACCCCUCGCAGGAUAAAAUGUAUAAUUUUCAUUGUGUGGGUGAUAGCUGCUGUUAUCUCCUUCCCACCACUGAUCACCAUAGAGAAGGAGAGUGGAAAAGAAGAAGACCCCAGGUGUAAAAUCAAUGAUGAGAAGUGGUAUAUAAUCUCCUCUUCCAUCGGUUCCUUCUUUGCCCCUUGUGUCAUCAUGAUCCUAGUGUACAUCAGAAUUUAUCAGAUUGCUAAAAAAAGGACCAGGGUCCCACCCAGCAAGAGAAGCAAUGGGGAACCAGAGAAGAAGCAGAAUGGUUGUGAGGAUGGUGACCUACCUGUGAAGUUAAAUGGAGAGAAGGCUGGUGCCACUGUGGACCACAGGCACAGAGAAGAAGCCAAUGGAGUGGACUUAGAAGACUCUUCAUCUUCUGACCACCAUGAUGACCAUCAGUAUUCUUGCAGGAAAAAAAAAGACAAACACUCAAGAGGGAAAGGGAAGACCAAGCUCAGCCAGAUCAAACCAGGGGACAGCUUGCCCAUGAGAGAAGAAGACAUGAAUGCCAAAGGGUCCAAGUGGAGAGGAAGGCAGAACAGGGAGAAAAGGUUCACAUUUGUCUUGUCUGUAGUCAUUGGGGUGUUUGUCAUCUGCUGGUUCCCUUUCUUUUUUACAUACACCCUCUCUGCUAUAUGUACGAGCUGUUCACCCCCUGAUACUUUGUUCAAAUUUUUCUUCUGGUUUGGAUACUGUAACAGCUCUUUGAACCCGGUGAUAUACACCAUAUUUAACCAGGAUUUCAGGAGAUCAUUUAAAAAGAUUUUAUGUAGAGGGGAGAGGAGAAGGAUUGUGUGACGCCCCCAUCAUCCCACCAUCCCUUUGACAUUUUGUAAAAUUGAUUUCUGGGGGAGCUCCAGACUUUUAGAUUCGAAGAUAAAAAGAAGCACCCAGUGGGCUAUUUUUGUAAAAGCUGCACCCCACAAGCACUUUUUGGAGGGGGGAGGGGGAGGGGGGAUUGGCAGUGCUGGGGGAAGAACAUUUGGACCAUGUAAAUGUAUUUAUUGUACCAUGCAGUAAGACCAAUAUUCAUAAUAUGAUCCUCCUAUAUUCAGUUUAUAAACAAGUCACUAUUAACCCUGUAUGUACCAGGUGUCUGAGAAAAGCAUUUCACACUCUCUGACACUCAAAGGAGUUAAAACAAAUAUAAAUGCUAUUUUAUUACUGAAGCAAAAUUCUCUACCAGUUCUGGCAAGCAUCUCAUGAUCAUUAAUAUAUUUUUCUAUAUAUUUCUUAGAGCAAGUCCUUUAUUGUUUUAAUAAUAUUGUCAUUUUAUUGUAGUGUUUGCAACUUAUAAGCAUCACAAAUCACUUUGGGGUAUUUUCACUAAACAGUGAAUUUUACUGAAACGCUAAUUUGCAAAUGUUCAGUCUGAAGUAUUCAAGCUGGGAUUAUGUGUAAAUUGGAAUAUGCUAUAUUGUGGGCCAAAACAGCUGAUUUCAAAGAAUUCUCUAUUUUUAAUUCACUGUAAUUCACUGCUUAGGAUAUAGAUCACAAUGUGUUUGCUCUUCCUUCAAGGUUCUACAUACAUUUUUAUUUUAUUUUUUUUCAUUUUGAAAGUAGAUAUCCUUUUCUCCAUACAAGCAUAGUGUUUACUGAUAGUGGUUUUAACCCUUCGAGUGCCAGUGUGCUCCCUGCACAAUAACAAGCAGUGCACAAAGAGUUAACAUGUUUCUUUGUCACUUAGUGAUUAAGAGAAGGCCUGGUGAAACAUUGCCUGGCAGGAACUUUUUGGGCAUGUAAUGGGCAGACUUAGUUGCAGUGGCUUCCAGCACUGAACAGGUUAAUAAAAAUGAUGCAAAACAGCAGCAGGGAUUUCAGUUGAGAUAGUAAAAAGUGCACAUUAAACAGCAAAACAACACAGUGCCCACCCCUAGGCUUGCCAUGGGGGUCUGCAAUGCAAAGAGGGGCUCAGGUGGCAACUAAACAUUAGCCCUAUGAGUGUUUUGCAAUGUGUUGGGCACGCCUCUGGCACUCGAGGGGUUAACUCAGGUUUACAAAAUGUUUCUCUAACCAUUUCCAGUAUUAAAUGCAGAGCUAUAUGUUGCACUAAAAGGGCCACAUGCUGUAAGGGACCCUCACACAACCAUAAGCAUCCCAAAACCAAUUUGGAUUGCAGCUUCCUUGAGAUUAAGUAUCCACAGGAUCGCCCAGGGCUUAACCCUUUGAGGACCAGUGUAGUGAAGGACUUGUGCCAUGGCAACUUCCAGACCUCAAAGUGUUAACAGAACCAAGAAAGAUCAAAAAUAUUUUAUAUCCCCUUGAAAACAUCAAAUCUGGGCAGACAUCAAAUUGAUUAUUUUGCUCCCAGACACACUAUUGCUUAACUCUUUAAUUGCCACAGCGACACAUCAUUGUAACCUCUUCAGAGCUUUGCAUGCAUAACAUAAUGAUUUACAAUAUAUUAUGGUUAUGAGUUCUCACUGUUUAACCUUAGGGAUGUUUAUAAACAUCCAAGUAACCAAAAUUGGUGCCUCUACAGAGUUUGUACUGAUGGAAUAUUUGAAAUUGUUAUUAUUAUUUUUAUUUUUGCUCAGUGCACGAAGGCAACAUUUAUAUGAAUGGGUUGCUUAGUAACUCUAAUAUAUACUGUCUCCUUGGGCUCUUUCAGUAUAUUAACCCUUUAAUAGGCCAUCACAAAGAUUCUGCACUGAUAUGGGUUAUUCUCUAAACCAGGUAUAGGCAACCUUUGGCACUCCAGAUGUUGUGGACUACAUCCCCCAUAAUGCUCUUAUAUCCAUAAUGCUGUCAAAGCAUCAUGGGAGGUGUAGUCCAAAACAUCUAGAGUGCCUAAGGUUGCCUAUGCCUGCAACCAAGAACAAUAGAACUGCAAAUGUUACAGGGAACAAAUUGUAGGUAAACAAACAGAUUGAAAAACAUAUUGCAAUCUCUCUGUUUGUUGUGUCAAUCCAUUGUCAUUUCACAACCAUUCUUAGUUUACUGUGUAAUUCUCUGUAAUUGUGGUGAGCAAAAUGUUUUAAUUCUGGUCGUCAAAGAAAUCCCAACUGUUCAAGAAUUAGAAGCCACCUGUGUUCAAGCAGGGAGUUCUGCUAUGAUUUGCUUGUUAUCAUCCAUUAGGGAUGCUCAGUUAUCAUCCAAUCAGAGUAGAAUAGAGACGAGUGGAUUUGGAUUUUGGGUGUUUUACCAAUUCACUCUAAGAAUCUGCCCACAAGAAUCUGACUCUUAACCUCAGUUCCUGGGAUGCGAGCCAAAGCCAUAGGAUGUAGGGUCAAAACCUCCUAUUGUUUAUAAAAAUACUAAGAUACAGAAAGCAAAGGGUUACCCUCACCCCGUUACAUAUACCAUACUGAACUGCCAGCAAAUCUCGAGAAUCUACAAUCUCACCGGAAAAGGGGAUAUGGGAUACAGAAAGCAGUACAAGGCGUGGUAUGAACUGUGAUAUGUUAGAUAUGUCAGAUAUAUUGCUAAACAGGACAAUCCGUAUUAAUAUUUUAUUUUUUUUUUAAAAGAGGAAAGAUAGCCAUUGUGUUACAUCUUUGGAAAUCACCAAACAAAUAAUAUAAAUAAAAAUAAAAGCACGAAAAAAAAUUACACUUGUUAAAAUGGGCCAUUCAUUCCGCUGUGCUCCUCUUUAUUACACUACAGAACAAUGUACAUUUAAUCUGAUCCCCCAUGGGUGCUGCGCGGUACCUUACAGAUGCCCUGGCACGUAAAUGGCUACAUGAUAAAUAAGCUGGUGUCUGUAUGCAUGUUACAGGCCGAACAGCUCGCACGGACUGUUUUGCAUGCCGUUGUAUGUUUACCGUCGAAGCUCUGCCCUGAUUUCCAGUGGAGGCAGGGCUGGGCAAGUGGUGGGCAAACACGACACCCAGCUUACAUCGGCAUCAACCCGUGUUUGGUUGCCCAUAUCGUGAGUGGGUUUUCAUAGUAAAAUCAUGACGUUAACACAUUCAAGGAUGCACGGCAGACUAAGACACAGAACACGUGCCGUGGGUUGUAGUUUCUUGGCUUGCUUAACCUUUUGAUUGCCAGAGAUGUGCCCCAAACAUUGUAAAACAAUGGAUUGGACUAUUCACACUGCGGAACUCACGGGGCUCUGAGACUGGGUGACUGACCGUGGAAAAACCUGCCUUACUGAUGUUUCAUUUAGACAAUUAAUAAUGUCAGAUUGGUAAAUGCCAUUAGCCUGUCUCUCACUUUAUAUUGAUUGUGCUUUCCUGUAUUGAUUUCCUACCUGUCAUUUACCAAGAGCCCCAACAUGUUAUAUAAUAUCACCCAUCCAAUGCCCAAUAAGGUCUCAAAUUAGAGUAUUUUAGACUUUCAUUUUGCUUUGCUGUGAAUGGUUUAAAUCCAUUACCACAAACUGAAUGAGAGCUAGCUCUGGCAGGGAAAGUGUUAAAUGCUACUUACUGCAUUUUAUGUUAAAAUUAAAAAUGUUAAAUAUUGCUUUUUAUACAAAUAGACGCACAAUUUAGUAGUAGUUAAAGGGACAAUAUAGUCACCUGAACAACUUUAGCUUAAUGAAGCAGUUUUGGUGUAUAGAACAUUCCCCUGCAGCCUCACUGCUCAAUUCUCUGCCAUUUAAAUCCCUUUGUUUAUGAACCCUAGUCCCACCUCCCUGCAUGUGACUUGCACAGCCUUCCAUAAACACUUCCUGUACAGCCAUCUAAAGUUUAUCCUUCCUUUAUUACACAGUGUGUUUAAUUUGUAAUUUCUUAUAUCCUGCUCUCUUAAUAGCCUUCUAGAGCCUGCAGGAGCCUCCUGUGUGUGAUUAAAGUUCAUUUUACAGAGUAUAAUGAUAACUUUACACUAAAACUGCUUAAUUAAGAUACAGUUGUCUUGAUGCCUAUAGUACCCACAAUGAAACACCUUUGGAGUAAUUAAAUCAACAGGUUAGGGUAUAAAAAUGGUUAAAACAUCACUUUUCAAACUGUAUUUAUUGGUCUUGAAAAGGCUGCCAAGUGUGUCUCUCAAAUGAGUUCAGCAAAAAAAAAUUAAAAAAAAAUACAUAUCUGUUACAAAAAUAAGUUAACGUUAUGGGUACCAGAGUUGUGAAAAUUGCAUUGAUUCUUUAUUUGUACCUUAAGGGUUAAUACUCUAUAUUGUUUGAGCACUGGGACCUGGCAGGAAGGUUUAUGGCUUAGUUCACUUAGUGGCAUUAAAAGGAUAUAAUGUAACAGGCAUGAAACUGUUUGUCUGCUGAUCUACCUCAUGAUUAACCCCUCCACUGCAAGAACAGAUUGCUAAUCUGGAUAUUAUUCAAUCCAUUCAACCCAUGAUUUAUUAAGCAGGGGUUACAGAUUACAGGAAAAGAACAAAAACAAAUCUUAUUUCAUUUUCCCCCUCAUUAUGCUGAACAAUUGUUUCUUAAUAAAAUAAGCAGAUUUGAUGGACUGUGUUUGGGUGGACUAUGUGAUUAUGUUUUCUUAAGAG